AUGCGGAAGAAUUGGGAGCUCAGCUCCGGCCCCGCGCGGACGUUCGGUGACCGCCGGUGGCUGCUCCCCUUACUCGCGAGCCUGCUCGUCACGGCCACGCUCUUGCUCGCCGCCGCCUGCGGGCUCUUCUCGCCGCCCUACCCCGGCGGCGACGCGCCGGCCCUGUUCGACGUCGUCUCCCUCGCCGACUGGGACGACGGCGACGGCGCCCGCCCCGUCGAGGCCGGGAUCAGGGACCGACUGCUGGGCGGCGUCGCCGCCGCCGCCACCGCCGAUGACGAGAACCCCGACGACGCCGCCGUCAACUCGAACGACUCCGACGCGGAGCCGCCGCGGAUCGCGUACCUCUUCGAGGGCACCAAGGGGGGCGGCCUGCGGAUGCGGCGGACGCUGCGGGCCAUCUACCACCCGCGCAACCAGUACAUCCUGCGCCUCGACCUGGAGGCGCCGCCGCGGGAGCGCAUCGACCUCGCCAUGUACGUCAAGGGCGACCCCAUGUUCAGCCAGGUCGGGAACGUCUGGGUCAUCGCCAAGGGCAACCUCGUCACCUACAAGGGGCCCACCAUGGUCGCCUGCACGCUGCACGCCGUGGCCAUCCUCCUCAAGGAGGGGCUCGACUGGGACUGGUUCAUCGACCUCAGCGGGUGCAGGGAAGGGGCAGGAAGCGGAGGUAGGAGAUGA